AUGAUCCGACUACCGACGUACGCGGCGUUCAGCCUGCUGGCGACGGCGUCCGCGGCGUACUACGCGUUCAGCAGCCGGGAGCAGUUCUACCCGGCGAUGGUGUACCUCUCCACCUCCAAGAUCUGCUUCGUGCUGCUCCUGAACAUGGGCCUCGUCGCCAUGUGCGUCGCCUGGCAGCUCGCCAGGCGCCUCUUCCUCGGCUCGCUCCGGGAGGCUGAGGUCGAGCGCCUCAACGAGCAGGCCUGGCGGGAGGUCAUCGAGAUCCUCUUCGCCGUCACCAUCUUCCGGCAGGACUUCUCGGUGUCCUUCCUCGCCAUGGUCGCCGCGCUGCUCCUCGUCAAGGCGCUGCACUGGCUCGCGCAGAAGAGGGUCGAGUACAUCGAGACCACGCCCUCCGUGCCCUUGCUCUCGCACGUCAGGAUCGUCUCCUUCAUGGUUUUCCUGCUCACCAUCGACUGCCUCUUCCUGUCUAACUCGCUUAGGUCACUCAUACAGAAGCGGGAGGCGUCCGUUGCCAUCUUCUUCUCCUUUGAUGACAUGCUAAUGGAAGGCCAAUGGGAGAGAAAGGCAGUGUAUACAUUUUACUUGGAGCUCAUCAGUGACCUUGUGCACCUGUCCUUAUACAUGCUCUUCUUCAUAGCUAUCUUCCUAAACUAUGGUGUCCCGCUGCACCUGAUUCGUGAGCUAUAUGAGACCUUCCGCAACUUCAGAAUUCGCAUUGCAGAUUAUGUACGCUACAGAAAGAUCACUUCCAACAUGAAUGAACGCUUUCCAGAUGCUACAACAGAAGAGCUCGAUGUGAGCGAUGCUACAUGUAUUAUUUGCCGUGAGGAGAUGACUACAGCAAAGAAACUGCUCUGCGGGCAUCUGUUCCAUGUGCAUUGUCUAAGGUCUUGGUUAGAGCGCCAGCACACUUGCCCUACAUGCAGAGCUCCAAUCAUUCCCGCAGAUAAUGGACGUGCUGCAUCAGCGCGACAACAUGGAGCUCAAGCCGGAGUUCAGCCUGAAGGAGCACCAGGUGAGAACAUGAGCAGGCGCCAAGCAAAACUUGAAGCUGCUGCAGCGGCAGCUUCUUUAUAUGGAAGAUCUUUUGUUUAUCCUCCAGCAAACACCCUAAACAGGUCUGGUCCUCUGCUGUCUACAUCAAGCACACCACAAUCUGAAGCAAGUAGCUCCAAUCAGUCACAAAAAGACCAAGAAAUGCAGUUCCGAAACAGCAACGAUGGUUUAGUGCCUCUGCCUUUUAAUGCAAAUGGUGCUGUUGGUUCAGGAACAAGCACAAGGGAUCUUGAAAAUUCACUGCAGAAGGCACAAGAAAACUUUAUUAAAAGCCAGAUUGAGAUUUCUUUCAUUGAUAUAUCAAUAAUAUCCAACAACCCUGAUAAGCUGUACAUCUUCUAUCCAGAUGUUACAAAUCCAACUGCAAAUGGUGCAGUGUGGCGCCGCUGCGUCGCCCAGUAA